ACUGCAUGGAAAAUAUCAAUGGUUGUCUCACAGCUUUGCCAAUGUACAUUUCCUAGACACAUAACAUUGGGAUCAGUUGAUCCUUUUCUCGGUCACAUAUUUUAUUCACCGGUUUUAUUCAGAACUUGGGGAAUGCCAAGUAUUGUUACACCUAGGAGAUUGUAUGAGGCUUUAUGACAUUAUUAUACAAAGGAACCUUUGCUAAGAACAUUCAGCCAAAAAAUUGCUUUCCUAUAUUCACCCAAGAGGUUCAUCUAAACUGUCCCUUGGUCAUCAAAGGCACAAAAUGACCAAACUGUAUAUGGAAAACCAAACAAGGUAACAACACUGGAUAUAAAAAGCAAUGCAAACCUAUUUACAGUAUACGGCAGAAAAGGGACUAUUGGUGCCCAAGAAAACGUUACCAAGCCACGUCCUAAAAACAGAAUUUAUUAUUUCUCCUGUACCACACCUUAUAGCUGGACGUUCUGCUCGACGUCCUACAGAAGCCAGUCAUGGCUUGUGCAAGUCUUUGAUUUUAUUUGCUUUAAAAACGUAGCUUUCCAAAACUACUAAAACUAAAGAAUAUCCUGGACAUGGAUUAAAUCCUAGUCCUUUACAGACCUCUCUCCAAUAAAACGCCGCAGCCGUCUGUCUAAGCGUUGACAUAUCUGACGUGAAACACAGACUUGUGAUUACCGUGUAACCUCUCUCACUCAAAGCCCCAGACAGCAGUAUCAUUGAUACAAGAGAAGACACUUGUCAUACUCUACAUAUCAGCAUCAUUCUAUACGGUUUUCCUUCACAUUCCUCCAGUAACUCAAUAUAUCAGAUAUUACGCAGUAAUUGCUAGAUCAGGAGCAGUCACUGUCUGCCGGGUCCUGUGAAGCAGAAUGAGCGAUGUCAAUUGUGGUUAGGCAAUGAGCGGCCGGAGAGAUGACAGCAUAGUGUUGCUCACCAGCCUCGUUAUAUAUACAGUACUGCCUUACCUCUCCCCCUCUAUGGCAUACGAGUGCAACAUACAAAAAGAAACUAUAAAAACCUUCCUAACUGCUACUGAGAUAAGGGAGACAGAUGACAAUAUGUUAUUCACUGCAGACCUCGGUGCUCUAGAUAAUCUAGGGGUAUAACAUCUGCCAGUUUAAGCUCUAGGACUAAACACACACCUUGCACAUAGAUAAUAUGGAGUACGAUCCAUCUCAUGGUUACACAAUUUCUAUAGUUGUAGUUGUUUAUGGAAUUUGUGUCAAGAUUACCAUCUUGUAAUACACGUCCCUAAAGAACUAUGAUCCUGAUAAUACAUCUGGUCGGAUAACGUACAUGAUGUCUACGGAUUGUAACAAAAAAUCUAUGGCGAAGGUAAGUGCAAUGGAUCGUCUAGAUAUUUGCCAUGGAGGUAACAUUACAGCUAAACCAACAAAAAGGCAACCAAAACUGCAAAUGUGCAACUUAAGCAGCGUCGACACUUGAAUUCACACAAACCCCCUGAUGAAGUUUGGUCCUCGAGUUUGUCUUUAAAAAAUAAAUUAAAAAAAUCGCCAUCAUCUUUAGCUACUCGCUAAGGCGAUAUCAUAAAAGCGUGAUUUAUUAACGACAAUCCCUUGGCUUGGCUUGGACUCGUCCUCCUCUUCUGUCCCCAUCUGAAUUCCCCUUUUUUUUUUUUCUUCUUCUCCAAGUUGACUGUCCCACCUUGCUUCUGAAGUUGUCUCCUGAUUGGUGUGCGCCCCCUCCCUUACGUCACUCAGAAUGUGACGUUCAGUCUUCCUGUUUCCUCCAGCUGUGUCUUAAAGUAAAUCUUGUUGUAGCGCGGAGCCUCAGCUGAGCUGUGCCUGCAGAACUAAUACAAUUACAGCCAGCCAAAGGAGAGAGAGCAGCACAAAAGAUCUCUCCUCGCUCUGCUCCCUGCUUCUCCACACUCAGCCUCCUGUUUGUUCUCUGUCAGAUUCACACACACGCGCGCACACACACACACACUCACACACAUACGUACUCAUACACCCUGUCCUUUAGUCAUUCAGACACACACCAACAUUCUCCUUCCCUUGUCAAAUUGUACUAUUCAUCAGCAGAUAGCCCAGGCUCCUUGCUUUUUUCGCCGGCACACAGGAUCACUUUCCUCUCUUUCACUGAGGUCCCAGGAUUCUCGAGCUGUGCCCAGCUGACAAGCUUUUGAAGAUGGCACAAUAACACUCCAGUGAUGCCUGACCAUGACAGCGCAGCCCUCUUAAGCAGGCAGACCAAGAGAAGAAGAGUUGACAUUGGAGUGAAAAGGACUGUAGGGACAGCAUCUGCAUUUUUUGCUAAAGCAAGAGCAUCAUUUUUCAGUGCCAUGAAUCCCCAAGGUGGAGAGCAGGAUGUUGAGUAUUCAGUGGUGCAGCAUGCAGAUGGGGAAAAGUCGAAUGUACUCCGCAAGCUGCUAAAGAGGGCGAACUCCUAUGAAGAUGCAAUGAUGCCUUUUCCAGGAGCAACCAUCAUUUCCCAGCUGUUGAAAAAUAACAUGAACAAAAAUGGUGGCACAGAGCCCAGUUUCCAAGCCAGUGGGCUCUCCAGCACAGGCUCAGAGAUACAUCAGGAGGAUGUGUGCAGCAACUCUUCAAGAGACAGCCCCCAAGAGUGUCUUUCCCCUUUUGGCAGGCCUUCGAUGAGAGAGUUUGAAUUAGAUCGGUUGUGUGAUGAACACCUGAGAGCAAAGCGUGCCCGGGUUGAAAAUAUAAUCAGAGGUAUGAGCCAUUCCCCAAAUGUGUCAAUGAGGGGCAAUGAAAAUGAAAGAGAGGGAGCCCCCCGGUCCAUAAGUCCCCGAGAAAGCUAUCGAGAGAACAAGCGCAAGCAAAAACUGCCGCAGCAGCAGCAGCAGAGUUUCCAGCAGCUGGUUUCAGCUAGGAAAGAGCAGAAGCGAGAGGAGCGUAGACAGCUGAAACAGCAGCUGGAGGACAUGCAGAAACAGCUGCGCCAGCUGCAGGAAAAGUUCUACCAGAUCUAUGAUAGCACUGAUUCUGAGAAUAAUGAAGAUGGCAACUUCUCCGAAGACAGUAUGCACUCUGAAAUGGUACAUGGUAGAGCCAGGGAUUCUGUGGGGAGGUCUGACAAUGAAAUGUUUGAUUUAGAUCCCGGACAGUUCAUUGACCGUGCACGAGCCCUUAUCAGGGAGCACGACAUGGCACCAGGUAAUCAACAAAAAAGAGAAGGACCUAAAGACAAAGAUCAUUUACAUAGCAUUUUCCACCCAGAAGGCAAACAUCUGGCAGAAACACUGAAGCAAGAACUGAAUACUGCCAUGUCCCAGGUCGUGGACACGGUGGUAAAGGUCUUUUCUGCUAAACCCAUACGUCAACUUCCUCAGGUCUUCCCACCCCUUCAGAUUCCUCAGGCAAGAUUUGCAAUCAAUGGAGAAAACCAUAAUUUCCACACCACCAACCAGCGUCUGCAGUGCUUUGGCGAUGUCAUCAUUCCAAAUCCCUUGGACACAUUUGGUGGCGUUCAGAUGCCUAGCUCCACAGACCAAACUGAAGCACUGCCCCUAGUUGUACGAAAAAAUUCUAAUGACCAGCCUGCUCCUGGACCUCCACCUAGCCACCAUCCUUCACUACAUCAGUCUCCUCUCUCUGCAGCUGCCAGCUUUUCCUCCUCUUCUUUUCGUCACCCAUUCCCUCUUCCACUCAUGGCAUACCCAUUUCAAAACCCAUUGGGUGCCCCUUCAUCAGCCUUUCAAUCAAAAGACAGAUCAUCCCCAGAAUCCCUAGACUUGACUAGAGAGACCACCAGUUUGAGGACCAAGAUGUCAUCCCACCAUAUGAACCAUCAUCCAUGCUCUCCAGCCCACCCACCAAGCUCAACGGAAGGCCUGUCGCUGUCUUUCAUCAAAUCAGAGUGUGGAGACCUGCAAGAUAUGUCUGACAUUUCACCUUACUCUGGAAGUGCAUUCUACAUGCAGGAAGGCCUGUCUCCAAAUCACUUGAAAAAAGCCAAACUCAUGUUUUUUUACACGCGUUAUCCAAGCUCCAACAUGCUGAAAACCUACUUCUCAGAUGUGAAGUUUAAUAGAUGUAUUACCUCUCAACUCAUCAAGUGGUUCAGCAACUUCCGGGAGUUCUACUACAUCCAAAUGGAGAAGUAUGCCAGGCAAGCCAUUAAUGAUGGUGUAACCAGCACAGAAGAACUGUCCAUCACCCGUGACUGUGAGCUAUACCGGGCCCUAAACAUGCACUACAACAAAGCCAAUGACUUUGAGGUUCCGGAGAGAUUCCUGGAAGUGGCGCAGAUCACAUUACGAGAAUUUUUCAAUGCCAUUAUAGCCGGCAAAGAUGUUGAUCCUUCCUGGAAGAAGGCCAUAUACAAGGUUAUCUGCAAGUUGGACAGCGAAGUCCCUGACAUCUUUCGUUCCCCAAACUGCCUACAAGAACUUCUUCACGAGUGAUGAUUCCACUGCUGGUUCUGAAUGUACAAAACUGACUUUUAUUUUGUCGCCUACCCCCUACCCUUUCCUUCCGCUCCCCCUUUGCUGCCCUCAAGUUUGUGUGUGUUAGUGUGAUUGCAACUGUGCAGCCAUAUAAAUUCUGUAAUGUAUUUUAUUUAUAUACCCCCCUCCCCUCUUUUCAAUGAUAACAUGUGAGUAGCUACAAGCUAUCAUCCUACAGUAAAUGUUUUAUUGAG